CGGUGCUUCUGCUCGCCGGCCCAAAAUCGCCUCAUCGACCACGCCCCCUUCCAGGCUCCCGUCUCCAUGGGUCUCCUCUCAAACAGGAUUGGGAGGGAGAGCCUCAAGGCGGGGGAUCAUAUCUACUCCUGGAGGGCGGCGUGGGUCUACGCGCAUCACGGAAUAUAUGUGGGCGAUGAUAAGGUGAUCCAUUUCACAAGAGGAAGAGGACAGGAGGUCGGAACAGGAACUGUCGUCGAUAUUAUUCUUGUGAGUUCCACCCCAAAACGAAGCAACACGCCUUGCCCGGUGUGCACCGACGAAACCAGCGACAGCAGCACAGAGACGAACGGCGUGGUAUCCUCCUGCCUCAGCUGCUUCCUAGCUGGGGGUGCUCUCUACCGUUUCGAGUACGCAGUCAACCCGGCGCUCUUCCUCGCCAAAGCGCGAGGAGGGACGUGCACGCUCGCUCCCUCUGACCCUGACGACACGGUGGCUCGCCGCGCCAGAUACCUGCUGAGCAACGGUUUCAGGUGCUACAACCUGUUCAAGAGCAACUGCGAGGACUUCGCGAUAUACUGCAAGACUGGCCUUCUUGUCGCUGAGCAGGGCGUUGUCGGGCAGAGCGGGCAGGCUAUCUCCAUCAUCGGUGGACCUCUCGCCGCGGUGGUCUCGACCCCAUUCCGCUUGGUUACCACGAACAUCUAUGGGAUGGCGGUGAUGGCCGUCGGGGUGUACUGCGCGAGCAGGUAUGCAGCUGAUAUUGGCAACCGCCGUGAUGUGGUGAAAAUGGAAGUCGAGGACCUGACGGCCGGACUGGCCAGCGGCAGGAUAUGUGCUGUGGAGAACAUCGCCCAGCUGGUGGCUCCGGAGGCAGAAGGCCCGGCCGAUGCCACGGCCACGGCCACGCUGGCUGCUUAACGGACCAUUGUGCCAUUGUUGCUGUGAGAGAGAUGUGCGUCAGCCAACAUGUGUGCUAUUGCUUUGGCUUAUUUGUGUUCAGAAUCCACUUAAACUCGGUCGAAGUGAGCUUUCCGUUCGGCAACGUCUGUACUCUUACGAAUCUCGAUCGUGUAUGUCUUUAAGUAUUGUGUUGUGUUUCAAAGAUAAAAAAAGGUGACCUUUGUGU